AGCAACCAAACACACAGAUAAACUACAAGGUUCAUAUACAAACAUAUGCCUUAUUUAAGUCGACACAAUUUUAUCACUGGAAGAAUAACAUUGACAUGUCACUGAUAUGCUAAUUGAAAUAUUUUUUUUUCCAGACAUUAAAUUCAGGGAUUAUUUACAUUCUCAGAUUGUGUAGACAAACAGGCGGAUAUAGUACGGUAGUUGGUUGUGACAGCAAGUUCCUUUGUGUCUCCAGUUACUGUUACCAGGCAAACUACAGCAGGAUCUCCAUAAUCUGUAUUGUUAGUUCUGUCUACAAAAAUGCCUAUUAUUUUACCACAGCUACCACAGUCUCUAUUUUCCAGCUAUGACCCAAAAUAUGUACCGGGUUGUACAGGCUUCACCCCAAAAGUCUGCAGUGAGCAAGGUAAAAUAUAUGGCAAUGUGACUCUACGAUCAGCCAACUAUGAACCUGGUCUCCAGAAAUAUGAAGGCAAUCGUGUUCCUUCCUUUAAUAUAGAGUUGGGUGGAAAAGUUUCCAAUUUUGCAAGUGGUGAUGCUGAAAACUGGAACAAUAAGCUUGGUUAUUUUCAUCCAUCAAAUGGGAAGUAUUUUUAUACUCAAACAAACCACACUUAUGACGGAAAUCCUCAGAUCUCAUCUGCAAUAAAAGCAAUAGAGGAAAUAAAGUAUGAGCUGAGCACACCUGCAAAAUGUACUUCAUCUGAAAUGAACAGAUGGGAUUCUCUGAGAGACAGUGCCCUAAGGGAAAGGUCAGAGUGUCACGGGAGAGAUGGGAAGACAGGUAAAAUGUCAAAUUUUACUUCUAACAAAAAUGAAAAGAUGAAAAAAAUAUCCCGGGAAGAUUUGAUAGAAAAAAAACCUUCUACAGGGUUAUCUCAUGCAAGUGAUUAUCUACUAAGAAGACAAGGCAAAGUAAUUUACAGAACCAACAGUGGCCUACUGCCUAACUAUUCAGGAUAUACACCAGGGCAAAUGUUUUCUGUAGGAUCUACGUGGGGAAAGAGCAGUGUAAAUGCCAUAGAAAAGCUGCAUGAGCAAACAUUCCAAUGGACAUCUCUUUUCUGAAAUGACCACAAAUGGUUCAGCAAAAUAUACGUAGCUCAUAUGAUUUUCGAAAAUUAAUCAAAUAAAACAUGUUACACA